UUCCAGUGGCGGGGGCCUCCGGGGGAGCCGCCUGGGCCUGGCCCGGGGUCCCGCAUGGUGUUGUCUGAAGCCUGUGAGAAAGUGCUCUAAACGGUCCGAAUGCCGGCCCAACCCACCCUCUACUCAGCCCCCCAAGGGAUCCAACCACAGCACUGGCAGUUGGGGCCUGCCAUGCCCUAGGCCGGAACCCUAAUCCUCGGUUGGGUUUUCAGGCUUCCGUCCUCUGAGGCCUGGCCCUCAAGCCCUCCAGAUUGGGGACCCCUGAGCCAUAACGCAGGACUCCGCCUUUACUGCCAACACUUGGCCUGCAGGGCCUUAGUUGUAGGGAGAGCCACGUAGCCAGGGCUCCCUGGCCAGGGUCUGGGUAUCUCCUCUGGACUUAGCUGGAUUUGUGACUCAGGGAGAGACCAUACUGGUGGGCCAGGGGGAAAUGGGUAGGUUUUCUGGUCUCUGGUUGGGUCUUAAAAUCUCCAACCUUGCCCCAGCCUCCCUCUUCCUGUCAAUUGUAUGAAACUCCUGGGGCCCCUUGGGAGGUGACUUCCUGCCUCAGGCCCCCUGCCCACUUGCCUGCCCACACAGACUCCCAGGGGGAUCCCUCUUUUUGCCUUGCUGAGGGAGCAGCAGACACCACAGGACAGCUGCUAAUGCCACUAGCACUCACUGACCUCACUCUGUGCCUGGCUGUCUGCUGGGCUCAGGAUCCAGGCCAUCUAGGGAGACGCCUGCUGGGAGGCUCUUAGUCUCCUCAGGCCCUCGGAGUGGCAGUCCUGGGGCCUGGCAGCGGCCAUGGAGCCUCUGGAGACUCCCGUCAAGGACGGCAUCCUCUACCAGCAGCACAUCAAAUUCGGCAAGAAGUCCUGGCGGAAGGUAUGGGGUCUGCUGUAUGCAGGAAGCCCAUCAGGUGUGGCACGGCUGGAGAGCUGGGAGGUCCGGGAAGGUGGCCUGGGGCCAGCAGGGGACAGGCCUACAGGACCCAGCCGGCGUGGGGAACGGCGAGUCAUCCGCCUGGCAGACUGCGUGUCUGUGCUGCCAGCUGAUGGCGAGAGCUGCCCCAAGGACACCAGCGCCUUCCUGCUCACCACCACAGAGCGAAGCCACCUACUGGCCGCACAGCAUCGCCAGGAAUGGAUGGGCCCCAUCUGCCAGCUGGCCUUCCAGGGCACAGGGGAGUGUUCCUCAGGCCCAGGGGAGAUGGAAGCUUCCAAGAGGGGCCUGGUCCCCAUGGAGGAGAAUUCCAUCUACUCCUCCUGGCAGGAAGCAGGCGAGUUUCCAGUGGUGGUGCAGAGGACCGAAGCUGCCACCCGCUGCCAGCUGAAGGGGCCCUACCUCCUAGUGCUAGGCCAAGACACCAUCCAGCUGAGGGACACCUCCAGCCCCCAGGCCCUCUACACCUGGCCCUACCGCUUCCUGCGAAAGUUCGGCUCUGACAAGGACGUGUUCUCCUUUGAAGCUGGACGCCGCUGUGACUCGGGCGAGGGUCUCUUCGCCUUCAGCAGCCCCCGAGCCCCUGACCUGUGCAGGGCAGUGGCCGCUGCCAUUGCCCGCCAGCGGGAACGGCUGCCAGAGCUGGCUGGACCCCGGCCCUGUCCCCUGCCUCGGGCCACCUCCCUGCCCUCACUGGACCCGCCAGGAGAGCUUCGGGAAGUGCCCCUAGGGCUGGAGCUGCCCAGCUCUCGGAGGGCACUACUAGCAGAUCCGGGCCCUCAGAGCCUGCCUCCACAGCUAAACCCGGUGCCCCGUGAUGAGCCAGUGUCUGGGCUCUAUGCAUCAGUGUGCAAGCGGGCCAGUGGGCCCCCAGCCAACGCCGAGCACCUCUAUGAGAACCUGUGCAUGCUGGAGGCAGGCCCCGUGCUGCCCAGGGACAAGGACCCGGGGCAGGAGGGUUCCAGCCGCCGCAGCCCCCUGGCCAGCCCCAUCUACCACAACAGCGAGGACCUGGGCUGGCCGGGCCCCACCCAUGACAGCAGCCUGGAGGCGCAGUACCGGAGGCUGCUGGAACUGGAGCUGGGCGACAGUGAUGAAACUGCGAGCUCUGGCCGCCCCAGUGCUCACACGGGCUUCAAGGCCAAGCUGGUGACGCUCCUGAGCCGUGAGCGGAAGAAGGGCCCGGCCCCCUGUGACCGGCCCUGAAAGUCCUGUGUGGCUCUGGGACAGGAGAAGAGAAAGGUGCUCUGCUGUUCCCGGGCCAGGGCCAGUAGUGGACAUCUGGGACACACCCCUGAAUCCACGCUGGCCCCGGGUGGGUAAGGCAGGCAGGCUGGGGGGGACCCCACCCGCCACCCCCCACUGCCAUGUACAGUGUAGAGAUUUUCUGGUAAUAAAACCUCCUAGCUCUGC